AUUCAGACUCCCAAGCGCCUAGCGGUCUCCAGGGGAGCAGUUCAUCUUGGCUGUGUCAUGCGUCUCAGCCGAUCUUCGCUCAUCUAGUGGGAUAUGGCAUCCUGUUUACCUCAUUUGGCAUCCAUCUGAGCAGCCAUCCGAUUCCGCUUUCUACUCUCGUCCGAAAUGCGCGGAGCCAGAUUGCUGGCUUCCUGGGCCCCCGGGAUCACCACCAGGCGGGGAGCCCAGGCGAAUGGAAGCGUACUGAGGGAGCUCUACUCGGGAGCUCAUGUAUAUCAAUCUGGAAUUGGUGGCUUUGGCGUUCUCAGCCGGCAAUUCUCGGGAGUUUCAGGCCCAUUACGCAAUAACCUUUCGCUGACAUCUGGACUGCCUUUCGCUCACAAUAAUGGCGCACGAAAUUCUAUCAUACGGUCACAGCUGGCAGCAAAAUCUCGGUUCUUCUCUUCUACCCAACGGUCAUUGGAAGCUAAGCCCGUGGACCCGUCGACAAAAUCGGCUCAAGCGAACAACAGCACAGCUCAGGAUAAGGAAGAUGACGACAUGGACAAGGGCUUCGAGAUAUCAGAGAAAGGAGCACAGGCUGCACAGGUCAAUCUCUCCGCUAAGCUCGCGAAAGAUGGUGCUAGCGGAAAGAAAGCCGGCUUUAAAGAGAUAUGGAGACUUCUACUCAUCGCGCGACCUGAAGCUAGGACGCUCGGGUUCGCUUUCUUCUUCCUGCUCAUCUCUUCUUCAAUCACGAUGGCUGUUCCCUUCUCAAUCGGUAAAAUCAUGGAUGCUGCUUCCAAGCCUUCCGAGGAAAGCGGAAAUCUGCUCUUCGGUUUGAGCGUACCCAUGUUCUAUGGUGCUCUGGCCGGUAUCCUGACCUUGGGUGCCGCUGCUAACUAUGGUCGCAUUGUCAUUCUCCGUAUCGUUGGUGAGCGCAUUGUCUCUAGACUUCGCUCGAAGCUUUUCCGCAACACCUUUGUUCAAGAUGCGGAGUUCUUCGAUGCCAACAGAGUAGGCGAUCUGAUCUCUCGGCUUGGUUCUGACACCAUUAUUGUGGGGAAGAGUAUCACGCAGAACCUGUCGGACGGCUUGCGAGCAGCGGUUAGCGGUGCGGCAGGAUUUGGUCUGAUGACUUAUGUCAGUCUCAAGCUGUCUAGCAUCUUGUUUCUGUUGCUGCCCCCCAUUGGACUCGGAGCCUUCUUCUAUGGUAGAGCGAUAAGGAACCUCAGCCGCAAGAUCCAGAGGAACCUCGGUACUUUGACCAAGAUCGCAGAAGAGCGUCUAGGCAACGUCAAAACCAGCCAGUCUUUUGCUGGUGAAGUCCUUGAAGUCAACCGGUACAACAACCAAGUGCGCAAGAUCUUCGAACUUGGUAAGAGGGAGUCAUUGAUUAGCGCAACGUUUUUUAGUUCGACUGGCUUCAUGGGUAACAUGACAAUCCUCACGCUGCUCUAUGUCGGAGGCGGCAUGGUUCAAUCUGGUGGCAUCACGAUUGGAGAGCUGACAUCGUUCUUGAUGUAUACUGCUUAUGCUGGUUCCAGCAUGUUCGGUCUCUCUAGCUUCUAUUCCGAAUUGAUGAAAGGUGUCGGAGCAGCCAGUCGUCUGUUUGAGUUGCAGGACCGUCAGCCAACGAUAUCUCCUACCAAGGGCAACAAGGUUGAAUCUGCUCGUGGCCCCAUCCGUUUCGAGAAUGUGAACUUUAGCUACCCUACACGGCCUGCUGUUCCUAUCUUCAAGGAGCUGAACUUUGAGAUCCCGCAAGGGAAGAACGUUGCCAUUGUCGGACCUUCAGGCGGAGGCAAGUCAACCAUUGCUUCGAUUCUGCUUCGGUUUUACAACCCGACCGGCGGACGUGUCUUGAUUGGCGGCAAAGAUAUCAGCGAGAUGAACGCCAAGUCUCUCCGCAGGAAGAUUGGCGUUGUCGCACAGGAACCCGUCCUGUUCUCGGGAACAGUUGCUGAGAACAUUGCCUAUGGCAGGCCACGGGCGACCAGGUCGGAGAUUGUUGCGGCAGCCAGGAAGGCGAACUGCCAGUUCAUUAGCGAUUUCCCGGAUGGCCUUGACACUCAGGUUGGACCUCGCGGAGCUCAACUCUCCGGUGGACAAAAGCAGCGCAUUGCCAUUGCGCGCGCCCUCAUCAAGGAUCCCGACAUUUUGAUCCUGGAUGAAGCAACCUCUGCCCUUGACGCCGAAUCCGAGACACUGGUCAACAGCGCUCUCGCUGCCCUUCUUCGUGGAAACAACACGACCAUCAGUAUUGCCCACCGACUCUCUACCAUCAAGCGCUCUGACACGAUCAUUGUUCUCGCGCCUGACGGAAAGGUGGCCGAGCAGGGAUCCUACGAGGAGCUCAGCGCCCGUCCUGAUGGUGCCUUCACGAAGCUGAUGGAGUGGCAGAUCAGUGGCGGCGAGAACACGCCGACCAACGCGCCCAUCAGCCCAGCGACUGAAGAGAAACUGUGGCAGUUGGAGAAAGAGGAAGCCGACGCCGACGCCGACGCCGAAGAUGCAAGCGGCGAGCGCAGUCAGCAGAAGCAGUAAGCUGACCAAUCGUUUGGAUAGAUUCGGACCUUUUUUGUUUCCUUUGUUAUCUUGUCUUCCGCGGUGUAGAGUAUAUAGCCUGUAUGGGGCACAUACACUUUGUCUAGAACGCUGGGCCACCUACUCUGGAUGUAUCUAUUACGGGAUUUUUGGCACACUCUGAUGGUCUAGGUCUGAUGACUGGAUAGAUAAAAUAUAAUACCCA